CGAGUGAGUGUUAAACAGUGCAGCUAGCCACCGUACGUGUCAGAGGACUGUCUGUGCUCCCCACGUAGAUGACUGCUCCACAUCUGGUGUCUGCGCUGCUGAAAGACAGACUAACUGGUCCACGCGUGAUCACCCACAAGUCAGGAUAAGGUUUCUUCAGCGUGGGAAAGGAUGCCGGCGAUCGUAAGUAAAAACUCCGAUUUGGAGUUUGACUCGUUACAACCGUGCUUCUACCCGGAUGAGGACGACUUCUACUUCUGUGGUCCUGACUCCGCGCCACCAGGGGAGGACAUCUGGAAGAAAUUCGAGUUGCUGCCCACUCCGCCCCUUUCCCCGAGCCGAGCUGCGCUACCAGGGGAGCCGGCUGCAGCCUCCCCGGAGGCGGACCCCCUAGGCUUCGGCUUAGGGGACCCACUAGACUGGGCUUCGGAGCUCUUCCUCCUGCCCGAGGACGAUAUCUGGGGGGCUUCCGAUGAUCUGGAUCUGUUCGGUUCUACUUUGGAUACAAACCCAAACAACAUCAUCAUCCAGGACUGUAUGUGGAGUGGAUUCUCAGCCAGAGAGAAGCUGGAGCGGGCUGUCACGGAGAAACUGGGCAAGGCUAUUACGAGCGCCACGGUGACUGCUCCGGCUCCUGUGGUGUCAGCUGCUGGACGAGAUGUGUGCGUGAAAGCGCCCGAGACUGUGAUCCGCAGCGCGGUGUCAGAGUGCGUGGACCCCGCUGUGGUGUUCCCCUUCCCCGUCAACAAGCAGAGCGGCAGCGGGGACUCGAACGUGAACAGCGUGAACACAUCCACGAAGACCGCCCACAGCGACUCAGAAGAAGAAGAAGAAGAAGAAGAAGAAGAAGAAGAGGAUGAUGAUGACGAGGAGGAAGAAGAGGAGGAGGAGGAGGAAGAUGAGGAGGAAGAAGAGGAGAUUGAUGUGGUGACGGUAGAAAAGAGGCGCUGCACAAUCAGCAAACCCGUGGUCUUAAGCGGCGUCCCCAAAAGCCAAGACCAGAGAGGCGCCACCUCAGGGUCAGGUGCAGCAGGUCGCUUUGUCAGUCGAGCCCCGCAGGAGCUCAUCCUCAAGAGGAGCUCGGUGCACCAGCAGCAACACAACUACGCCGCGCCCUCGCCCUACACGUCAGACGACGACCCGGCGCCGCCUUCCAAAAAGCAGAAGACGUCAGACAGCUCAAGACAACCCACCAGAACCACCUUCUCGUCCUCCUGCGGCUCCGUCGCAUCAGGUCCACGCAGCAAACGCAGCUCCAGCGGGGACAGCAGCCCGCGAGGAGGCUCGGACUCAGAGGACAGCGAACGCCGGCGCAACCACAACAUCCUGGAGCGCCAGCGUCGUAACGACCUGCGCUCCAGCUUCCUGACGCUGCGCGACCAUGUGCCCGAGCUGGCGCGCAACGAGAAGGCGGCCAAGGUGCUCAUCCUUAAGAAAGCCACCGAGUACGUCAGCUCCCUGGAAACGCAGGAGCUGAGGCUCCAACAAGAGAAGGACAGGCUUCAGGCCCGCAGACAGCAGCUGAUGCGCAGGCUGGAGCAGGCAAGGACUCGCUGACACGCCACCGCCAUCCACGGCCAAAACACUCACACACCUUCCCGUGGGUGACUCCGCCUCCCCCGCAGCCACCACCAAAAUCGCCAGUCUGUAGAUUGGUACACUGUUGUCGGCCUAAACACUUAAGCACAGACACACAAGGCCUGCAUGUACACAAACAUCUCAGAGGACGCUCAUCACACACUAACUUGAGGGGGAGGGCGGGGCUUAAAGGAGGGAUACUCGGACUUUCACUGCCGCCACUUUUUUUGCACAUUUGUUGACGUUAAGAAUGUUUAGGGUUUACUUUUUCAAUCCAGUCACAUUGAGGAAAGAUAAAGAACGAGGAAAGAAAGAAAGAGGCUUUUUAUAAAUAUAUAUAUAUAUCAUGUUUUGGUAUUAUUUGUAUCAUUGGUUUUGUACUCACUGUGACACCAGCCGGGAGUCGGUUGUGAUUCCUACAGGGACCGGUGUUCGAGGGCACUUUGUUUGGAGCGCUCAACUAACUUAGCGUGCACGUACAAGACGCCGUGCACACUUCUAACUUUGCCUUCACCACUGCAAAAGCGGACAACAAGACUAUAUGGACCCAAGCGAUGCCACUACAGGUUCUCUUUCUCUCCCCUCACUCCUCGAUCACACUGGUGCUCAAACCAAGUCAGUGGAUGUAUAACUGUGCACCUUGCUCGCCGACACUUUUGUAUAUAACAACAGUGUACAGACAAAAUACACUCAGAUCUGCCUUGUUUUGUAAUACAUUUUGUCCUUGGUUUUUUAUAUAAAUAUAUACAUGUCAGGAAGCUGCCAAUAAUAACUAGACUGGAAGUUUAUAUACCUUUAAAAAGUACUGUAAGGCCUCAAUUUUUGAGCGUCACAAACUUUGUAAUAUAACAAUAUAUUGUUUUUCCUUCCUCGUUUUUCUUUGUAUUGUAUCAUAUUACUAAUUCUACACAUCUUUUUAGUGUGAACCUGAUACAUACUAAAUUUGAUACUUAUAUUUUCGUAUGAAAAUGAGUUCUCAGUAGAUAUCACUUUAUCUUUUUUCAUCUUCUAUCUCAAACUUUUGUACAGCAAAUGUGUUCUAUCAUGUACCUGGACUCUUCUUCUCUCUCUUUUUUUUUUUUUUUUUUUUUUACUACUUCCUCUCUUUUUGUUUAUAUUUGUAACUAUCGGGUGCAUAGAAUUGGGUUAUACGAAUAUAGGUUUUCCUUCUCUCCCCCGAUUUUUAAAAUGUACAUUUAUUAGUGCUGCAACUCAUAGCACUUUGAAAUACCUCAUUUUGAAAAAUAAAUAGACAUCAUAAAACCGUCA